AUGAGGAGCCUCGUCGUUUACUGUUUCUUCUACGCGUCCCUGACCUUUGGGGUCUGGACAGCUCUGUUACUUGCAUAUUUCCAUCAUAGUCAUGUGAGCAGCCAGCACAAGCAAGCCCAGGAGCCCUCCUCGGUCCUGUCCCCUGGGAGAAAGGGGUCCCAGCAGGUCCUGGACAUCACAGAGCCGAUGCUAGACCCCAGGGAGCGCUGGCUGGACCGAGACCGACCGAAGCGCAGGAGCAUACUCCCUCCCAUGCGGAAUACGAAUUUUAACUUUUCCAAUCCGGAACAUCUCGACGAGCUUUCGAAGUAUGGGUUCAAUGCCAUUGUCAGUAGAAGACUGGGCGGCCUGAGAGAGGUACCCGAUACCAGGGACAAGACGUGUUACCAUAAGGUUUACCCAGUUCAAGUGCUCACUGCCAGCGUGAUCAUUUGCUUCCACAACGAAGAAUUCAAUGCCUUGCUCCGAACCGUGUCCAGCGUCUUGUACCUCACCCCGCCCUACUUCCUGCAGGAGAUUAUUCUGGUGGAUGACAAGAGCGAAUUUGCUGACCUGCAGGGGAAGCUCGAGUACCACAUGGAGGUUCUGCAGCGGAACAUCAAGCUGGUGAGGAACAAGCAACGGGAGGGGCUGAUUCGAUCGCGGAUGAUCGGAGCCCAACACGCCACAGGGGACGUCCUGGUGUUCCUGGACAGCCACUGCGAGGUGAACCAGGUGUGGCUGGAGCCCCUGAUGGCCGUCAUUGCCGAGAACCACCACGCCGUGGUGUGUCCCUCGAUCGACGUCAUCGACGCCAUGACGCUGGAGUACCGGGCCUCCCCGCCGGCCCGCGGGGCCUUCGACUGGGGCCUGCGCUUCAGGUGGGACACCGUGUUCUCCUACGAGAUGGACGGGCCCGACGGACCCAACCCGAUCCGGUCGCCUGCAAUGGCAGGAGGGAUUUUUGCUAUAUACAAACAAUAUUUUUACGAAAUUGGACAGUACGACAAGGGCAUGGAACUUUGGGGAGGAGAAAAUGUGGAGAUUUCAUUAAGGAUCUGGCUGUGCGGGGGCCAGCUCCUCGUCAUCCCCUGCUCCCGCGUGGGCCACGUCAGUAAGCAGCACUUGGAGACGGACCCCGCCAUCAGGAAGGCCAUGCUGCGGAACUCCCUGAGGGUGGCGCACGUCUGGCUGGACGAAUACAAGGACAACUUCUUCCUCCAGAACCCUGCUUGGCGGCGCGUGCCCCACGGCGACCUGAGCGAGCGGCUGGCGCUGCGGCGGCGGCUGCGCUGCAGGCCCUUCCGGUGGUAUCUGGACACGCUCUUCCCGGACCUGGAGGCCUUCAUGGACGGCGAGCGCGACGAGAGGGAGCCGUCUCCGUGA